GCCAGGCAGAGAGAUCUGAAUCUUUUACACACUCUCUCGGAAACCCAGGGAGAAGGGUUUCAAGAGGGAAGAAAAGGAACAAGAAAAGCUGAAAAAACCAGAGAGAGAGAGAGCUAAAAAGAUGCUUCUGAGAAGCACAUCCACUCCCAUCCUCAAAGCAUCCUCAUGCAAUCAUCAGAAACCGUCUGAACCGGAACUGACCUUUCGGCUCCCGACAGGCCGACCCUUUUCCCUGAAUGUCUCCUCCUCCUCCACUUUAUCAGACACGGAGGAGAAGAAGAAGAAGAUAUCGGUGACGUCAUCAGAGAAUGGUGUGAGAGAGUUGCUCAAGCCAAAGAGGAGACUUUCCUCAAAAGGGUCCUCUUUAAUUCUGAUACAGGGGCCAAAAGAUAAAGAACGGGAAGAAGAAGAGGAGAGAUACGAUGCGGAUCAGGUUUGUGACAAGACGUUGCCGUUUCAGAGCGUGUGGAGCUGUUCUGGCGGCGCGGGAAGCGGCGGGGAUGGCGGUGGAGGUGGGGAUGGAGGGAGAGAUGGGUGUGGAGAUUGGGGACAAGGGAGGGAGAGCCUGGAUGGGUACUAUCAGAGGAUGAUCAAAGCUCAUCCUGGCGAUGCUCUUCUUCUAGGAAACUAUGCAAGGUUCUUGAAAGAGGUACAGAGGGAUGCAGAGAAAGCAGAGGAGUACUGUGAAAGAGCAAUACUAGCCAAAAGGAGAGAUGAUGAGCCAACAGAUGGCGAUGGUGAUGUUUUAUCUCUCUAUGGGGAUUUGAUAUGGACUACACACAAAGAUGGCCCUCGUGCUCAAAGCUAUUUCGAUCAAGCUGUUCAAUCUGCUCCUGGUGACUGUUACGUUCUUGCUUCAUAUGCUCGAUUCCUGUGGGAUGCUGGAGAAGAAGAGGAAGAUGAUGACGGUGGUGGUGGUGAUCAUGAUCAUGAGGCAGAGCAUGAACAAGAACAAGGAGUUAAACACCAGUCAAACUAGCGCAACUGAUCAACCUCGUACUAACUGUAAUUUAACUGCUGCUAAAGAGCCAUUUUAACUCUCCUAAUUAUUACCUUUUAGCGACCCUCUCUUUCACCUCUCCCAGCAUGCAUGUACAAUUCUUCCAGAUUGAAAGAUUCGCAAAAAAAAAAAAAAAAGAUUUGUGGGGGAAUGCUUUUCUGGAUGAAAGUUCUCGAGGAAAGUGCUUUUUCUUGGUUUAAUCUGGUUAAGAAAUGCUGGAAACACUGGAAAAGAAAUCUCCUAAGGAUAAGCCUACCCUUGCAUGUUCUUUAAUGGAAGCAUUUGAUAAUAUCUCAAAGCAACAUGUCUCCUUUGAUAGUUCAAGCCAGAAGGAAAGGAUAAACCAAGAAAAAAAAAAAAAAAAAAAAAAGAGAAAAUAGAAAAGGAGGCAGAGAGAGACCUUUCUUUUUCGUUCCCCUAUUCCUGUCUUGUGCUAUGGUUCACUCUUGUCAUCUCAAUUAAGUUUUUAAAUUUUCACGAGGCUUGUUGUGA